AUGGGAAGCUUGAUAUUAGUCGUUUGGUUGCUUCGUGCUACCGCAGGUGCUUACUCCAUAUCUAGUGGGUACAAUUCAACCCAUAUUUUGCUCAACCCAACGUUGGAUUUAAUUGCAAAUUUUAAAGCUAGUCUCCCCAACGAUUCACUUGCUCUUACAAACAACGAUAGUAGCCAAUGGUCCGUUGGUAGUGCUACAUCUGUUCGUGCUAGGUUUUUUGUGACUAAUGAGAGGCUAACCAUAAGGGAGAUCAUCGAUACUGAUCUGAACUCGGAUGUUAUUUCCUUUGGUUCUGGUGAGUUUUCAGUAACUCCUUUGUCUAAAAGAAAAAACCAAGAAGAUCAUGACACAAGCCUUGAGGAUCAACACUCCGUUAGCAAGAAACCAUCCCAGAAGAAAAUCAAGGGCGAGUGA